UUGUGUUGGCUUACAAACACUGGUAUUUAUAGGGCCUCCGUGAUUCAGAGAGCAGAGGAGAUCAUCAAAAAGGGCCAAAAAAAAAAAAAAAAAAAAUUUAAGAGAGUGGAGGAGAGAAACAUGGGAGUGGUGCCGGAGAUAGUUUUGAAUUCAGGGAGGGGGAUGCCAGUACUUGGUAUGGGGACGGCCACCUAUCCCGAACCACCAGAGCAGACCGUCUUCGAGGCCGUGGUUCAUGCCAUGGAGCUCGGAUAUCGCCACUUUGAUUCAGCUAGCGUAUACGGCUCGGAGAGGCCUCUCGGCCGGGCCAUAUCCUUCGCCAUCGAGAAAGGCCUCAUCGGGAGCAGAGACGAGCUCUUCAUCACCACCAAGCUCUGGUGCACCGACAUGCACCAAGACCAUGUCCUGCCUGCUCUCCGUCACUCCCUUGAAGUUCUUGGGUUGGAAUAUGUGGAUUUGUACCUCAUUCAUCAUCCAAUUAGAUUAAAAGGAGAGAAGAAGAUGGAAAUGUCAAGUGAUGACAUUCUUCCAGUGGAUAUCCCAAGUGUAUGGGAAGGGAUGGAGGAGUGCCAGCAGCAAGGUCUGGCCAAGUCUAUAGGAGUAAGUAACUUCACAUGCAAGAAGAUAGCCGAACUCCUCACCCAUGCUAAAGUCCUGCCUGCCGUGAACCAGGUGGAAAUGCAUCCUGUUUGGCAGCAGGGGAAAUUACGAGAAUUUUGCCAAGAAAAAGGUAUCCACAUAAGUGCUUAUUCUCCCCUGGGUGCGUUUGGAGCCUUUUGGGGUAGUAAUAAAGUUCUCGAAGCAGAAGAGAUUAAAAGAAUUGCCCAAUCUUUGGGAAAAAGCAGAGCACAGGUCUGUUUAAGGUGGGCUUUCCAGCAGGGGGUUAGCUUUGUGCCAAAGAGUUAUAACAAAGAAAGGUUGAAAGAAAACAUGGAAAUAUUUGAUUGGUGUUUGUCUGCAGAAGACAUGGAGAAAUUGAGCCUUCUGCCACAAGAAAGGUUUAAUCUUGCUCAUCCAUUAGUAUCACCAACCAGUUUCUACAAAACUCAUGCUGAUUACUGGGAUGGAGAGGUGUGAAAUACUUUGCAUCAGUGAUGGGUUGUGAUUUCUCUUAGUUGGACACCUGACAUAUUAUUAUGUUUUGUAUAAAUUUAAAAUUCGAACUGCUUGCUUAUUUGAUAAUGGACGAAUACCUUGUAAAACCUAGUUAUGCCUAUAUAAACUUUGUUCAUCUUUUACAUGCAGCA